AUGGGAGGGAUAGGCAAGACUACUCUUGCUCAGCUUAUUUACAAUGAUGUCAAAGUGGAAAAUCAUUUUGAUAUCAAAGCAUGGGUUCAUGUUUCUGACGAUUUUGAUAUUACUGAGACGACAAAAUUAAUUCUAAGGUCUAUUGCUCUUGGGAGUAGCGAUGAUAAUGACCUAAACAUGCUUCAGAUUGAAUUGAAGCACCAACUGUUGAAAAGGAAGUUUUUGCUCGUCCUGGAUGACAUUUGGAAUGAGAACUAUGGUGACUGGACUGCCCUAUGCUCUCCUUUUGAAGUUGGCACACCAGGAAGUAGGAUUCUUGUUACGACUCGGAAUCAAAGCGUUUCAUCAAUUAUGAGUACUCUUCCAGCUUACAUGCUGAGAGAGUUGUCGUAUGAUGAUUGUUUGCACAUAUUUACUCAACACUCGUUGGGGACAAGAGAUUUUAGCAUGCGUCAACACUCGUUGGGGACAAGAGAUUUUAGCAUGCGUCAACACUUGAAGGAAGUUGGUGCGAAGAUAGUGAAAAAAUGCAAGGGCUUGCCUUUGGCAGUAAAAACACUUGGUUUCCUUUUACGAGGUAAAUAUGAUCUCAGUAAUUGGGAAUAUGUGUUAAACAGUAAAAUAUGGGAUUUACCCGAAGGGACAUGCAAGCUUAUACUAGCUCUUAGAAUUAGUUAUCAUUAUCUUCCAUCUCAUUUGAAGCGUUGUUUCGCAUAUUGUUCCAUAUUUCCAAAGGGUUAUGUAUUUCAAGAACAGGAGAUAACUUUAUUAUGGAUGGCUGAGGGUUUUCUACAACAUGAAAUAAGUGAGAUGCAAUUGGAUGAUUUAGGUCACAAUGUUUUUUUCGAGCUUUGGUCGAGGUCAUUUUUUCAGCAAUCAAGCAUAAACAGCUCACUUUUUUUUAUGCAUGACCUCAUCAAUGAUCUUGCUCAAUGGGCAGCUGGAGAAAUAUGCUUGAGGUUGGAGAAUAUAGGAGAGGGUGACAAGCUAGAGAGAAUUUCAGAAAAUCUUCGCCAUUUAUCUUGCACAGAUAGCUCAUUUUAUGACUUCAAAAGUUUUGAGGCGCUAUCUAACUCCACAUAUUUACGAACUUUCUUACGAUUGCUACCUCCAAGGUACAAGUACUUGAAUAAUUCCCUGGGCUGUAAUGUUCGUUAUAUAUUGUCAAAACUAUCAUGGUUAAGCGUCUUAUCUUUGUGGAAUCAUUGCAUCUCAGAGCUACCAAAUGAAAUUGGAAACUUGAAACACUUACGGUACCUUGACCUUUCUAAAACCGAUAUUGAAAUUUUGCCUGACUCAAUUAAAAAACUGCUACCACCUGAAGAAAUUGUGUACAGACAUAGGGAACCUAAUCAACCUGGUCUCUGA